CACCGACAGAAACCAAAGAAGAGAAAAGAAAAAUACGUUCUUGCUCCAUUAAUAAACCUGCCGCUGAUAAAUUUCUUCUAUUUUCCCAUAUCUGCUGAAUUGAGUGCCUAUCGUUCACCCAAUUAACUAGCACUAAUCCUAACUGAACGUUUCCAGCACAAUCGCUAGUUACCAAAAGAUAGAAAAAAGCAUUUUCCGGCUGUAUAAUCCAGUCCACCAUGUCCACCUCAUACGCAGAGUCCGUGCCUUCACUUACCAGCAAGUCAUCGAAGUACCAUGUUUACCAGACAGAUGGUAAGCCGUUGAGCAGCGAGGCCAUCUACAGAGCCAAGUUGAAGUACGGCAUUUAUAACAACCCAGCCAGAGUUAACUUGGGAGUCGAUCCUUCGGCAUCUGAUACCGCUGCUGUCUUGGCGGCAAACACAGACUUAUCCAUUCACGGCUACUCCAAAGACCUUUCCUCCGAAGCUGCUCACGCUGCAUUGAUUGCCAAGCCAGACUCGAUUACAGCCUACAAAAGGAACAACGUCGCCCCUGAGGCUGAAUACGCCGCUAUUUCUGCCAAGUCCUUGAAGUUCCCAUUCGACCAUUCGAACGCCUCCUCGGCUGAAUAUGAACACCAGUCUGAGGGUGCCGCCGCUUCUGUCUUGAGAAAGCCUUCCAGCAUCGCUGCCAGAGAAAUGUUGCAGGAUAUCUACGAUUUCGACGAUGUCAGAUCGGGAAAAGUCACCUUAACCCAACUCUCCUCAGCUCCAACGGCAAAAUCGGCCAAAAGCCUUAGUUCCAAAAGAGACCACAGAUCUGGUAUUGUAACCUCAAAUAACGCAGCCGAAUCUUCCAGAAGAAUAAACCUUGAGACGUUGACCAAGGCUGCAACUAAGAGUGCAAACCAAUCCAUGAAUACAAGAUUGACUCCUGAAAAGAAUCACAGAUCAGGUAUCAAGACAUCAUCUGCUCACGUUUCUAGUCGUUCAAGUACCAUGAACAAUUCUUCCCUAUACAUCCACAAUAUCCACAAUCAAGCAAUUGAAGCUUCUUCACGUGAGCUGUCCAAAAAAACGAUCAGACCCUUGGGCAUUGAAACUCCUUCAGAUUCGGGUUUAAUAGUCAACCCUGCGGUUUUUGCAUCAUCUGCCUUGAAAGCAGAUCUUAAGAGUGUCGAUCUGGUUGCUGCUGAAAAGGCAACCUUAAAAAAUAACACUUUAGUCGAUCAGGGGCUUUAUGCUAUUGCAUCCAAAAAAGUUAAUGAACACAUUAAAAAGUUGGAUGGCGAAGUUGCUGCCGUCAACAUCUUCUCCAAUUCAAAAGCAAAUGAAGCAGCUUAUCGUCUUGCUCAAGAAAAUGCAAAGAAGAGAAAGGAAAAAGAACUCGGCCCUGGUCAAAUUGCCCUUGGAGGAGGCUUAAGAAUGAACUAUUUGGAUAUCGAAAAGAUUGCGUCCACUCUUGUCAAGCCUGCCAUUUCAGAUAUGGAGGAAAGAAUUGUUGAUAUGAAGGCAAUCGAUCAAGAGAAAAAGAACUUGCCUGCUAAAAUCAGACAACGGAACACUGAAUUGCAAGAAGAAAAGAGACAAGAACAAAUUGCUUUAGAAAAGAAGAGAGCCGAAGAAGCAAAGGCUAGAAGAGAUCAAUUGGCCCUUGAUAAGAAGGAGUAUGAUGAUGAGCAUGACAAGAUCAAGUCUGAAUUAGAUGAGGUUUACAAAGGUAAAGAAGAAGAAUUCACCAAGCAAGUUGAAGAAGAGAACGCUGACAAGAAGGUUAUUGAUGAUGAAAGAGAAGCUAAGCUGAAAGUUCUCAACGAUGCCAAGAGUGAGAAAGAUUCAGAAAGAAAGGGUGAACUCGACGAUCUACAAAAGGAAAGAGAUGAUGAUGUUGCUCCUUUGUUAACCGAACUUGAGGAUGAAACCACAAAGCUGAAUGAGCUGAUUUCAAAGAGAGAAGAAAAAGAGUCCUUCUUCAACGAGGAAAAAACUAAAACCGAUUCAAUUCAAGCCGAUCUUGAUGGUACCUUAUCUAAGCUUGAAAUAAUGAAUCAAAGAAUUGCCGAGUUGGAAGCAGGCCUUUCUGAAGUCACUGACCAGGAAGCCACAGAAACAUCGGCUGCUUUGGAGGCUGAAACCAAGCUGUCGACAGAGGGUAAGCAGAAAGAGACUAACUUAGAAUCUCUAGCCACUGAAAAAGAAAACUUGCAGCAAAAGCGUGCAACCUUGCAUGCUGAUACUGCAGCUAAGGCCGAAGAACUCAAAAAGCUGGCCAAUGAACACCACGAGGAAGAAAAGAAUAUCAAUGUUAUUUACCCUGAACAUCUUCGUAAGGAAGUCAUUGCACCGGAAGACUUCGAUGAUGAGGACUUGAAUGAUUCCAAAUUUGAAUUGGACAACAAGUCGAUUGAAAUCCCACCUGAGGUUGAGUCUGAACCAGAAGAUAUACCUGAAGAGGCUGCCAAGGUUGGAACGGGUGAAAUUGCAACAAAAAAGUCUGAACCAAAAAAGAUAGUGAAGAAGAAGACGUGGGAAGAACUGAAGGCCGCCGGUUACCCUGAAGGGGGUGACCCUCUGGUGAAUGUUCCAACCGAGGAAAAGCCAUCGAUGUCUGAUGUUGUUGAUAGCGAGAAGAUUCAAAAAUCUAUUUCUGCCAUCACAGGUUUGAGAAAGAAGGUUACUCCAUCUAAAAAGUCCGCAGUGACUUCUAGUGCAGCCGGAGCCACUGCUGCGAAGCCUGUUGCAAAGGCCACUUCGACAGCCAAGACUGCUCCUGCCGCCGGCGGUUCGACAAGAAAUGUUCCAGUUAUCAAAUCUGAUAAGACCGGAAAGGGAUUGUUUGGAUUCUUCAAGUCUUCGAAGCCUGAAAAAGAGUUUGUUGCAAAGACUGAGACGAUCAAUCCUGCUGAAGCAAAGAAGAAAUUCAAGGGUCUCUCAUCUACCAAGGACACUGCUAACAACGAAGACGACGAUGUUUUCAGUGGUUUUUCUCAAGGAUCAGAAGUUGAAGCAUGAAUUAUGAAGUAUGAGACACUAGUUUCUUUCGACUAUCCAGUAGCCCCAGGUUCCGCUCUGCAUUAAUAUUGUUAGUACUACUCUUAUUACUACUACCAUCACUAUUACUAUUAUUACUACUAUUAUCAUUAUUUUGUUCAUUUUACUCUCUUGUUUUCCUAUUUUAUCCUUUAUGUUUUGCUAUCUCUUAUUUUUCCCUUCUUACUAUCUGGUUGAUCUGUAUUAGUGUUACAAUUAUUGACUUUACUUUUUACUUUUACUCUAAUUUUCUUUGAUUUUAUCUAGUAUAUUUAUCUUUACUUUUAUCCCCCAUCUCCUUCUUUAUUUUCACCUUUAGUUUACUUUCUAGUUUUGUAUUUAUCCCCAAUGUUACUAUUACUUGUUACUCUAGUCCACGGAAUGUUGUCU